AAAUAAGAACUUUUAUCUUUGAUCAUUUCAAUUAUUUGUCUAUUUAUAUAGGCUCGACUAAAGUUUAUUUAAUUAAAAAUAUGGUAUUAGAAAAUAAUAAAAACGAUUCUAAUAAAAACAAAGAUAAAAUUAUAUUAUCGGUUAAAUUAAUAGAUAAUGAAAAAGAAAAUGUUCCUUCAAAACCGGCUAAAGAAAAGAAGAAAAUAACGAUUGAAGUGUACGAAGAUGAUCCAUGUUUACAGGGUAAAGAAAGAUAUGAAGACUCUAAAUUUGAAGAAGAAAAAUUUCUUUCUUCUCCUGGAUCAGAUCCAAGAUUUCAACAACAAAAUCAAACAUUACGAUGCUACGUCAUGUAUACGGAUUUUUAUCGAUGCGAACAUAUUCUUGGUGAAGGACACGAAGCUUGCACAUGGUUUAAACGAGUUUUUACUUCUAUCUGUCCAAACGACUGGAUUAAUAAUUGGGAUGAACUUCGUUUAAGUGGGAAAUUACCUUGGCACAAAUACAAAACUCAGGGCAAUUUCCCUGGCGAUACAUAUGGCGUUUAAAAAUUAUGCCUAUACAAGAAAUUAAAUAUCUUUGAUUUAAUAA